CUAAAAAAUGUGAAUAACAGAGAUAAUGUUGCAGUGCUAAAAUAAGCCCAAAUAAAUUAAAUAGAGCUUUAGAUAACCAUAAGCAGUGCUAGUGAAGAGAUGGAAAACAAGACAAUGUCAACAAGCUUUCAAAGUGAAGCUAAGGAUUUCAAUGAAGAAAUGAAGCUAACACAAAACACAGCCUAUCAACCAGUAGUAAAGACUGAUACUAGUACUGAAGAAGCAAUGUACUCAGAUCUUCAUGACUACUCAGAUUAUCAGCUACCAAAAGCUAAUGUUAAGGAUACCAAACCUCCUCAACAACCAGUGCAGUAUACUGUAGGAAAGAAGUCAUUUGCUGCAAUAAUAAUUCUACUGGUGAUCAUAAUAUUCCUAUUGGUAGCUAUACUAGUACUUAACUUAAUAUCAAAAGAUACUUUCAUGAGUACAUGUACAAGUAAUGCAAGCAGUAAUAGUGCUGGGCUCACUAAUAGUGGUAAUACUGCUAUUAACUGUAACCUGUCACUGAUGCAGGAUACAAUGAAUAGCAUAAUUCAACAGAUUAUGGUACAUGCUAAUAAUACCAACAGGUCUACAGAAGAACUACUUCAAUUACUGAACACUAGUCUUAUUAAAGAUAUCAGUAUACCAACUGCUGCUGCUGUUAAUGAUGUACUACUAAUAGUCAAUGAAUUACUAGAGAUACAGAAUGGAUCCUCUUUGUUUAACAUUCGACUUGUUUCAUGUGAAGAUAUUAAAGCAGCUCAUCCCAACAGUCCUUCUGGUUACUAUUAUGUUAACAGUCGCAAUACAUACUGCAAUAUGGGAGAGCUGUGUGGACAGGAUGGAGGAUGGACAAGAAUAGCUUAUCUUGAUAUGAAUGAUAGUUCCCAGAACUGUCCUUCUGGACUUCAGGAACUGAUGACUGGAGGCAUUAGAGUUUGUAGGAGAGAAGGUGAUUCUGCUGGUUGUAGGUCUAACAUAUUCCAAACAAAUGGUAUCAGUUAUAGUCAAAUAUGUGGUAAAGUGGCUGGAUAUCAAAAGGGAACAACUGAUGCUGUUUACACUAACAUCAAUAUUAAUAGUGCUUAUAUUGAUGGAGUCAGUAUCACACGUGGGUCACCUCGUCAACAUGUCUGGUCUUAUAUAGCUGGGUAUCAGUCAAAUAUCAAUAUAGGUUCUGCCUGUCCUUGUAAUACUGGAGCAACUAGUACAGUUCAAUCAUUUGUAGGAGAGCACUACUAUUGUGAGUCAGGUACAAACAGUGCUCCUUCCCAUGGUACAGUAUACACUACUGAUCCAUUGUGGGAUGGAAAUAACUGUCCUUCAGUAGAAGCUCCUUGUUGUAAUGGUACUGGUCUUCUGUGGUUCUUCAGAGAUUAUGGUAAUGCUACCAUUACUGAUUACAUUGAACUGAGGGUGUGUGGGAAUCAAGGAUAUGAAGAUGAAGAUACACCAGUUCAAUUGUAUGAGAUUUAUGUCAAGUAAAGGAACAAUUAAUAAUUAUAAGUAGUGCAUUGUCUUUGUUAGUAGUUAGUUUUAUAGAACAUUGUCAUUAGUAGAAA